AACCAAAGAGCAAACCCAAAAAAUGGUCGGACAAGGAGGAAAAGGGCAACAAACCGCAAGAAACGAUGAGACAAACCAAACCCGAGAUCUCCCUUCAAAGUCAAAGCAGUCUUACCAUGAGCAAGAGACUUUAGACAGAACCUCAACACCACCUCCUCACCUCAUCACCGAGGCAACAAAGAGAGACAACACAAGAGAGGAACAAAGAGACACAGAUCUGGGUCAAAACCGGCGAAACCCAUCCUCAACGCCUUCAGCACCACCCCUGGACUCCAUGGCUGAGACCCAAGCUGCCCUUAAAGUCGCCGCCGAAACAAACAGAGAAAUCAACAACAGAGGAACCACCGAUGAAAACAAAGAGCAACUUCGAUGGCCCUAGCGCAGCAAACAAAGGCAAUUAGAGAGC